AUGUAACAGGAGGAAAGAAGGAUAACCAAAGACUAUCUUAAAAAGCUGUUAAGAAAGGAAUUCAAACUCUAUUACACCACUCCUGAGCUUAAUGAUUGUCUUUACUUGCAUUACAAAGGUUUUGAAAAGAUUGAAAAUCUCGAAGAGUUCACAGGAUUAAAAGUAAUUUAUUUGGAAGGAAAUGGUCUUAACAAUAUUGAAGGACUUGAUUGUUUGAUUUCUUUAAAAUGCUUGUAUUUAUAGGAGAAUGUAAUCAGGAAAAUUGAAAACUUGAACAUGCUAACUGAGUUAAUUAAUCUAAAUCUAAGUGAUAAUAUGAUAAGCAAGAUCGAAGGGUUGGAAUAAUGCUAAAAAUUAUAGACUCUUUAAAUCAAAAGAAAUAGAAUUGGAUUGAAUGGACUUAGCGAUUUGGAAGGAUUGCUAUGCUUACCAAAUUUAUCAGUGUUGGAUGUAUCAGAUAAUAAAAUAGAUGACCCAAAUGUUUUGGAUGAAAUAUUUUUGAAAAUGCCUCAAUUAUCAGUGUUGUACUUCUAGAACAAUACAGCUGGGAAGUAGAUUCAACACUAUCGAAAAACACUCAUUAGUAGAAUUAAAACACUAAAGUAUUUGGAUGACAGACCUGUCUUUGAUGAUGAAAGAAGAUUUGCUGAGGCCUUUGCCAAAGGAGGACUAGAUUUGGAGAGAGAAGAAAGACAAAAGUAUAAGAAAGAGCAGGAGGAAGAACAUAUGAGACAACAUCAGAACUUUAAAGAUAUGAUUCGUAGAUACAGAGAAGAGUAGUAAUAAUAACAAGAAUCAUAAUAAUAAGAAGAAUUAUAAUAAGUUGAUAAUGUUUCUGAAAAUGAAGAACCUUCACAUUUAUCAACUUAUAAUACUUAAUCGAAUGCUAGUGAUGUUAGAUCAUCUGCUUAACAAUCCGCUCAACAUUCAGAACAUUAAUCAGAGAAACACUCAGAUAAGUAAUCAGACAAUCAAUCCGAAAAUAAUUCAAGAAUUGCAGAUGGACACAGUGAACACAGAAGUGUAGAUGGAGAUUAGAAGAGUGUAGAUGGUGCCAGUGAUCAUGGUAGCGAAUAAGUAGAGAUUAAUGCAAUAGGAAAUUUUGGGCAGUCAACUCAACUUGAUGAAAUUGAUUGA